AUGAAGUAUUUUUCUCUUGCCUGUCUCUCUCUUUCUUCCAUUGCUUCCUUGGUUACUAUACUAACGUCAGUCGCAGAUAUGAACAUCAUUACUUUAGCUGUUUUGUCAAUUUUUGCAAACACUGGGUACACUUUCUCUAAGUUUUUUCUUUGGAAUGAGUCAUUGUGCAUUGGGAUGGGCAUGCUGGUUCAUUUCCUCUGGCUCUCUGUCAUAUGUUGGAUGAGCUUAUCUACCUUUCAAAUCUUUCAAACGUUUACGACUAUAUCAACUGUACAGAAGAAAGACAGUACACGGGUAUUAGUUUUCUUACUGAUUGAUGCCGUUCUAUGUUUGGCAAUAGUUGCUUUGAAUGUCAUUGUAAGCUCUGUCCAAAGUGAUUGGUUGAGCCUCGGUUACUCUCCUAGUACCUGCUACAUUGCUGAUCCAAAGAUGACCCUCUUUACUUUUACACUUCCAGUUGGUUUAUUCAUCUGUAUCAAUUCUUUUAUGUUUCUGGUGACCUUAUCUAGGAUCUGUGUCAAGGCCGACAUCCGAAAGUCAAAGGAUAAGAGUAGAUUAAGUGCAUACUUCCGGCUUUCUACCCUCGUUGGUGUUGCCUGGUUGUUUGGCUUUCUGGCGCAGUUCACUGAAUUACAAUUAUUUUCUAUGUUGCAUACGCUUUUCAAUGGCGGUCAUGGCGUUUUUAUCUACAUGGCCUUUGGUUUACCUCUGAAUCUCAAAUCUUUGUCGCGCAGGCUUGAACAGAAGGAGAAGAAUACGGAUAGUUAUACUACAAAAUAG